AUGAAUCAAAUUAUUGCUUUCGUUUGUCUCGCGGUGUUCGCUUGCACGGUUUCCGCGAGCCAUCUGGAGGAGGACCAUGGACACUCGACCUACGAGGAGAAAACGAAGCAUGUGGAGAUACCGAUCUAUAAAAAAUAUGCGAUACCGAUCCCUCAUCCGGUGCCAGUUAGUGUACCUCAGAAGAUCGAGAUACCGAUCCCUCAGCCACAAAACGUCCCCAUUGAGAUUCCUCAGCCUUACCCGGUCGAGGUGAUCAAGCAGAUUGAAAUACCUGUAGAAAAACCGGAACCCGUUGUCGUGGAGAAACAUGUACCGUUCGUGGUGGAGAAGCCGUAUCCAGUCUACGUCGAGAAGAAAUUCCCGAUCCCAGUCGCCAAACCGUAUCCAGUUCAUGUUCCAAUCUACAAGCACGUGUUCCAUUACACCUCGAAGGGCAAGGGUUGGCACUAA